CUCAUCCCCAAGUUUCGAGUUUUCGUCAGUAGGACGCCUUAAUCACCACCAAAUGUGCCCUAUUGAGUUAGGCUACAUGAAAUGGGAGCCUGGCCGCAAGGUCAAGGUGGAGAUUGGUUGUUUCGUGAUGAAGACCCUUUGAAUCAACCACAGCCACCAAAGGUCACUGUCGAUCAGGCACUGUCGACUUCAUUUAUAUAUACACUACACGUUAUCGUCGUCCACAAAGCUCCCCGCGCAUUGCGACAGUCUCUCACAACUAGCAGAUGACACGUCCAAGACAGCUAACCUCUCGUACACCAUGGGGAACAAAGUCUAUGUCACAGAGCACACCCUCUCAUACACUUCCAUUUCGAACAAGUCUCCACAAGGCCUCCAAUGUCUAAAGUCCUUGUUCUUUCAAUAUGACAGCCCCAAUCCCAGUCGCAUGGAACUAAACCACCUUCUGGCACCAGAUUUCCAGGAUAACACAAAUGGCAGCGACAGAAACGUUGGCCGCGAAGAGACUGUAGACGCUAUAGUCUCGGCCAGAACGACGUGUAUAAAGCACCAAAUCGACCUGAAACACGCCUGGUGCAUUGAGAACUCCGGUUCUAGUCAUACAGUCUUCUUCGAAGCAGCGAGGUUCAUGUUGAUGGAAGGCGACUCCGACUGGACCAAGGUCCCCAUUUCCGGACGGAUAGAAGUGAAGAUCAAAGAAAACAGAUUCAAGAUGAAAGAUGCCAUCGCCCAAAUUACGAGCCGAAGAAUGACUUCGGAUGCCAGUCAACUGGUCAGAAGAGGCGUGCAGCGGAUGUCAACCAUGCCGCUCAGCCCAGCAGAAACGCCGUUCAGCCCGAGAGAGACGCCUUCAAGCCCGGCAGCGGAGACAUCAUCCUCGAAUUCACAGCCGUCUACCAGUCGAUACAAUUUCCCAUCAGCGUCCGAACUUCCUGCCAUACGUACCACGUCGCACAAAGCCGACGAGACUCUACCUGCAUACAACAGUCCCUCCAAGGAUGUCGAUAUCUCAAAUGGAAGCCCGACACUUAUGUCUGGAUCUUCCAGUGAGCCACAGGAAAAAUCAUAGUUUCUACUGAAUGGCCGCCUCUCUGGCCGAAGCCGGACAGCUAUGGUGACCACACGCCAUACGCUGUGAAUUGUACAGAGCCGGUGUCUUCAGUGCUCUUGCCAGACGGAGAGGAUGGAAUGCUUGCUGAUGGCA